AUGAUCGGCAGGGGCGCGCUGAUGAAGCCGUGGAUCUUCACAGAGAUCAAAGAGCAGCGGCAGUGGGACAUUUCGUCCGGCGAGCGCCUGGACAUCCUCAAAGAGUACGUCAACUUUGGCCUCGAGCACUGGGGCAGCGACGACAAGGGCGUCGAGACGUGUCGCCGCUUUCUGCUCGAGUGGCUGAGUUUCCUCUACCGCUACGUGCCGCUCGGCCUGCUGGAGCGGCCGCCGCAGGCCAUCAACGAGCGGCCGCCACCGUUCCGCGGCCGCGACCACCUCGAGACCCUGAUGGCCAGUCCGAGGAGCGCAGACUGGGUCGCCAUCAGCGAAUUGCUGCUCGGACCGGUGCCGCAGCACUUCCACUUUUUGCCGAAACACAAGGCAAACGCUUACUGA